AUGAACUUUGGAUACUACAACCCUGGAUGGAUCGUGUACCCUCAGCUGCUAUUAUCACCACCAAGCCAUGCGACCCAGAACCUAAUCCAGCCGGUGCAGCAGCAGCAGACACAGACACAGACGCAGACACACCACCACCAGAAUCACCACCCAGACCAACUAAAUCAACCUAUCCGCAAACCGUAUCACCCGCCGUCGUCUGCGAAAUCCCAUUACUGCAUCUGGGUUGGCAACGUGCCACCGGACAGCAGCGUCGAGGAACUCUUCAGCUACUUCGCCCGCCAGUCUGCACAUGCACCGCGACUGAGUCUCGGUGAAUACGCUGCACUUCCACCCAACUGUGGUCUAGUCAGCAUCCACCUGAUCAGCAAGAGCAGAUGCUGUUUCGCUAAUUUCUCCACCCCCCACGCUCUUCAUCUCGCAGUGCGCGAUUUGAACGGGAGUAAGCUACGCCUAGGUGCUCCGAGACUGGUGGUUCGGGUGCGCGACACGCACGCAGAGCUGAGUAGCGGCGUUGGAUUGCAGCGUGGACGCAAGUUGCACCGCAAUUGGGUGAAUUGGGCUAGUGAUGGGAAUUAUGAGCAGGUGCAGAAUAGUGAGACACAACAGCAGCAAGAAGAUAACAAUCAAGAUAAUGAACACCAAGGUGAUAACAAUCAGCCCAAAUUAUCACGCUCCAGCUCAGUCUCCUCUACAUGCACCUCUUCCACAACCGACUCCUUCCUCAGCCACUAUUUCCCCGUACGCUACUUUAUCCUCAAGAGCCACCACUUCGACGAACUCCUCGAGAGCGUCAAGACGGGCGUGUGGUCGACGCAGCCGCACAACGAGCAUGUCCUUGAUAAGGCCUUUAGAUCGUCACACACUGUCAUUCUCAUCUUCUCCAUCAACAGAUCCGGUGGCUGGUUUGGGCACGCCAAAAUGUCGUCACAACUAUCAAACUCCUCCUUUUCCCUCCAAUGGAACACCGUUCAGUUCCUCCCCUUCUCACACACUCGACUGCGCAACCCUUUCAACAGUAAUCGCGAAGUCAAAGUGAGUAGGGAUGGCACUGAGAUUGAGCCAGGCGUCGGCAGGCAGCUGGUUGAACUGUGGAACACUGCUCCUAUCGAGCAAGCUUAA